AUGAUGGCCUGGAGCUGCGCAAGGCAGCGUUUGACUACAUGGACACUUCCACUCCACCUGUCUCCACCGCAUCCAACCGCGGCCGCCUUCAUCACCCCCUUCCUCAUCUCUGGACUCUCGGACAACUACGAUGUGAAGAUGCCAUGCCACCUGGUGCUGGCGAAGCUGGCAGAGAAGUGCGUGCCAUCAGUGCUGGCAGUGGUGGAUGCACUGGUUGACCCCUUAGAGAAGAUUGUGACAACACGAGUGAAGGCGGACGCCGUGAAGCAGGAGGUGGACCGCAACGAGGACAUGAUCCACAACACCCUGCGUGCCGUGCAUGCGCUGUCCCGCGUCAGGAAGCAUGUGCGUGGUGUCAUGGUGAGGACUGCAACGAUGCUGUGA